AUGACUUUCGAGAACUUGGUGGAGACCAUCUUGAACUUGCGCGGAAAGAACACCGCCACGGUCAAGGACCGAGGGCGGUCUCAGGGCGUACCGGUUGAACGGUUGGAGGAUGUGAAAGAGCAAUCCAGAGUCAUCAAGUCCGUGGUGCAACAGACCCUGCAAGCGAAUGGCUCGAAGGUCAUGGAGGAGUUUCAGUACCUACGUGCCGAGUUAGCACUCCUGCGGGAGGAGGCACUGCGGCGGGAUGAAGAUGACGAGGAUGAGGAUUACAAUUUGCUACCUGUGGAGACCGCCGAGGUCGAAGUGCAGGAUGUGCAGUUUCCCCGAGUCGACGAAGUGGAUGAAGCGACGGAGGAAGCUCCGGAAAGGACGUGA